AUGAGGAAACUGUGCCCAAAUUUCGACAAGGAAAAUGGGCUUGACAUCGUCCUGGAGGUUCCUAUUCCGGAGGAGAUGUUCACAAGCAUGGGAAGUAAUGGGGCUUCGAGAUGGGCAAAUAUGCGUGCUAUGAUGUGUGCUCAAUCUGCAGAUAAAUCAUCGCAUCUCCAAGCUAAAUCUAACAAUGAGUUUAUUGCAUUGCUCAAGCUUGUUGGUUCUCCACUUAUCCCUCUUCAAGUCCACCCGGAUCAGCCUGUCACUCGCCCCUUCAGAGAUUGUUCUAUUGAAGCUUCUACUGCGCAAUAUAUAGUGCAGCAAUAUGUAGCAGCAACAGGAGGAUCAGUGACGCUAAAUUCAGUGACCAGCAUGUAUGCGGUAGGACAGGUUAAGAUGGCUGCGUCAGAUAUGCACGAGGAUGACGAUAAUGUGCACGCGGGGGGCGAUUCUGAGUCUGGUGGGUUUGUGAUUUGGCAGAAAAACCCUGAUCUUUGGUACUUUGAACUAGUUGUUGCCGGUUACAAGGUUAGUGCAGGUAGUGAUGGUAAGGUUGCGUGGAACCAGUCCUCUUCCCAACCUAGUCAUGCCAAUAGAGGCCCACCAAGACCCUUGAGACGUUUCUUCCAGGGAUUGGACCCCAGGUGCACAGCCAACUUGUUCUUAGAGGCAGUCUGCACUGGAGAGAAGAAUGUGAAUGAUGAAGAUUGUUUUGAGCUGAAGGUGGAGACUGAUGCAAACAUACUCAAAACUCAAUCUUCACCUACCACUGAAAUCCUUCACCAUACAACAUGGGGCUACUUCAGCCAAAGAACGGGGCUGCUCGUCAAAUUCGAAGACACAAAGCUGGUGAAGAUGAAGCCUAUAAAAGGGAAUAAUAGUGUGUUAUGGAAAACAAGUAUGGAGUCAGUGAUUGAGGAUUAUAGAUAUAUUGAAGGCAUCAAUAUAGCACACAGUGGAAAGACCAGUACAACAUUACACAGACACGGAGCCUCGCUUAACCAUAAGCGGAAGAUUGAAGAAACAUGGAGAAUUGAAGAAGUUGAUUUUAAUAUUUGUGGGUUGUCAAUGGAUUGCUUUCUACCUCCUGCUGAUCUCAAGAGAGAUCAGCAAGAAGGCGGAGAGCAGCAACGAUAGAGCUAUUUCUUCUUCUUCUUUUUUAUUUUUAUUUUUAUUUUUCUGUUAG